UAUGGAUUAAAAUCCUAUCCCUUUGCCAAAGGAGUACCCUGUUCCUAAUGAUUUUCAUUUAAACCUUAGAAAGAGAUUUCUAGAUUUCUUCAAAGAAUAGUUAGGAGAGUAAACAAAAAAUAGUAUAGUAUUUCUCAAAGGGGCAGAAACAAUAGAUAAACAUGAUGAUGGUAAAAUAUAUUGUAUUAAUUACUUUUAGAUUAAUAAUAUCGUGUAGAGUAAGAGAGCAAUUUCAAAUAUUUAUUUGGUUGUGAAUUAUUGGAUUGUUAUGGAAUAUUGGAAGUGGAAUCAGGAAAAGUGACAGUUUUUGUACCAAAAUAUCCUGAUUCAUAUAAAAUGUGGAUGGUUGUUUUCAGUAAUGAAGAAAUCAAAGAGAAAUAUAGAUUAGAUGAUGUAUAAUAUGUUGAUUAAUUGGAAUCAUGGAUAGAGAAAAGAACACCAUCACUUAUAUAUAUUUAUAAAGGAUAAGAUUCUGAUUCUAAAUUAAUAUCAUCAUAUCCUGAUUUUCCAUAUCUAUCUAAGUAUAAAUUAAAUGAGGAAGAGUUAUAUUGGACAUUAAAUGAAUGUAGAGUUAAGAAAACUGAUUAAGAGAUAGAAAUACUUAGAUAUGUUGCUUUAUUGGCAAGUGAAUCACAUGAAAAUGUUAUGCGUAGAAUCAGACCAGGAAAUAAAGAAUAUUAAAUGGAGGCAUUAUUUAAAUAUCACAAUUUUGUAUAUAGUGGAUGUAGAUUUACACCAUAUGAAUGUAUUUGUGCUUCAGGAACAGGAGGAGCAACAUUACAUUAUAUUGAGAAUGAUAAAACAAUUGAAGAUAAAUAAUUAAUAUUGGCAGAUAUGGGUGCAAGAUAUUAUGGAUAUAAUAGUGAUAUUACAGUAACAUUUCCAAGUAAUGGUAAAUUUGAUGAAAAAUAAUCAAUUAUAUAUAAUGCUGUUUUGGAUGCUUAAAGAUAAGUUCAUGCUUCUUUAAAAGUAGGAAUAAAUUGGGGUGAUAUGCAUCUUUUAGCUGAAAGAGUUAUUACUUAACAUUUAUUAGAUGCAGGUUUACUUGUUGGAACAAUAGAAGAAUUAAUGGAAAAUAGAAUAGGUAAGAUCUUCUUUUGUCAUGGAUUGGGUCAUUUAUUAGGAAUGAGAACACAUGAUGUUGGUGGAUAUAACAAAGGUUGUCCUCCUAGAAUUCCAGGUAUUAAAUUUAUUCAAAUUUUAGAACUUUAAUCAUUAAGAUUUAGAAGAAAUUUAGAAGUUGGUAUGGUAUUUACAAAUGAACCUGGAAUCUAUUUUGUUGAUUUUAUUAUUUAAGAGGCAUUUAAAGAUUAAACUAAAGCAAGAUUUUUGAAUUAAGAAAAAAUUGCAGAAUUCAUGUAUGUAGGUGGAGUUAGAUUAGAAGAUGACAUUGCUUUAACAGUAAAUGGUCCUGAAAUAUUAAAUUUGGUUCCAAGAUCUAUAGAAUAAGUAGAAGCAUGUAUGAGGGGUGAAGAUUGGAAAUUAAUUCAAUGAA